UUCACCAAGGUUAUCCGGAAAUUGUAAAGUAAAAAAAUAAAUAAGAAAGUUAAGGCAUAUCUUUUAUUAAGAAUUUGAUAUAAAGAAACAAUUCAACGAGAUGAAUAACAUAAUUUUGUAAUUCUGUUUGACAGUCUACACGAGACUGAUUUUUCAAAAUAGAAAAUAAAGAUAUGUUACUAUAAAAUGAUAAUGUGUUUAAUACCAAUCAGGAAGUCUUCGCUUGUUUUCGCUUUCUUGACUCUGGCAGGUUGUUUUGACUCCUAUAAAGCACAGAAUGCAGAUCCAUGCUCAGAUAAAAGGGUAAUUCAAGUACAGGACAAGUAUGGCCGUAUUGAAAGUACUGACGCAAAAUUUCAUGAUUUCCUAGAUUGUCAGCUGUGGAGUAUUCAGGGGGAAGUAAAUGAUUCUAUAACAGUGAGGAUAUCAUUUUCAUCAUAUGGUGAAGGAUUUUGUUCAGCUGGAUAUAACCUGAUAUUAGGACCACUCCCUUAUUUGGACUACUGCAAGACACAUGCACAAGACUUUCCAACUUCUCCAGUCAUGUAUCGCUCAACCAGGGACCAUAUUUGGAUUAAAUAUGUGAUAGGCUCUCAAACAGGAAACAGAUUUUUUCCAUACCAAUUUGCAUUAGAAUAUAUAACAAGCUCAAGCAAAAGUUGCAAUUUUCGAUGUAUAAUUGAUAAAGAAUGUAUACCAGAGAGUUGGAAGUGUAAUGGUGUAAAGGAGUGUAGAUUUGGUGAAGACGAAUACUUGUGUGAUAAAACUACUGCUGUUAACAGAAAACCGACGACAACAACAACUAGAGCCCCAGCUACAAAAGGCCCAUCUUGUUUUGAUUGUUAUGUAACAAUGUAUGGCAAGUCCAUUUGUCUACCCUUCAAAUACGUGUGUGACGGAAUCCCUCAUUGUCGCAACAAUCUUGAUGAAAACCAGUUUAUGUGUGCCCGUCAUAGACUGUCUACUACAACCAUGAAACCACAAUCUGUGACAUGUGGUUAUCAGGAGAUUUAUUGUUAUGUGAUAGAGUAUCGUCAGUAUAGAUGUUUACACAAUAUGUAUAGAUGUGACGGUGUCAAACACUGUGCUAAUGGAGCUGAUGAGAACCCUGAUAUGUGUGGUGACAGCGUAUGUAACAGAAGAUUAGAAGAAUCUGUUGGUUGGUUUGCUUCACCAAAUUUUCCUAGUUUAUAUCCUCAACAUUCAAGUUGUUCCUGGGUUAUACACAAACAGGGUUCUGGAUCAAGUUCAACCAUACAGCUUAGAGUAGUAGCGUUUUACUUGGAGAGUGAGGCUAAUACAGACUAUGUCAGAGUUUAUGAUGGCCCAGAUAGCACAUACAAAGUUAUUGGAACAUACUAUGGACUAAAUCCCCCACCAUAUCUAAUAGAGAGCUCUUCAAACUGGCUAAAUGUUGUUUUCCAUAGUGAUUACUUUGAAGAGUACAGGGGAUUUAAUUUUACAUAUCAGAUUAAAGGUGACUGUUUACCAACACAGAUAGCAUGUGAUGGUGAAAUGAACUGCUAUAAUGCUGUAAGUGAUAGAUGUAAUGGAAUCUGGGACUGUCCGUUGAAAGGCUCUGAUGAGAUUGGAUGUGGUAAUUGUAAAGAGGACUAUACCUGUGGAAUAAAGACCAGUCAGUGUUAUUAUCCUAUGGAGAGAUGUAAUGGCCUGGCUAGAUGUUCCAACAGCUUUGAUGAACUGAACUGCACGUCUGAUUUGUGUGGUUCUCAUAACGGAACAUUUCUGUGUGACAACAGACGUUGUAUCUAUGAAUCUUGGACAUGUGAUGAUAGAGAUGAUUGUGGUGAUAACAGUGAUGAACAAUUCUGUUCAGGGACAACAAAAAGAGUAACAAUAGCAGCAAUAUGUGGGUCAAUGAUCUGUGCUUUGUUAUUGGUUAUCCUGCUAGGCUGCUCUUGUAAGCUAUAUUCUCUACGUACGAUGGAUCAUCAUCACCGAUACCCACGACACGAAACACCUAUGAGCCGCUUGUAUGCUGAGUUUUUGCGACGACGAGCCCCACCACCAUAUCACGAGGCUAUGCUCACCUCUAGAAACUUUGACGAGGUACAGCAGGAAUACUUGGAACGGAUGAGAAACUCCAGGCGAAGUCAUAGAGGUCGUGGGAACAGACGCCGAUCUAGAAACCAACAAACUCAAUCACAAACAGACCCUGGAGAUGCGGCAGAAAAUCAGAGCAAUACAAAUAACCAGAAUGAAAAUAUACAUGAAGAAGCAAGUGGUAUGCAGCUGUGCACAAUAACUGAAGAGAAUGAGAACCAUAAUAAUAUUGAAAGAUCAUCUUCCUCUGCUGAGCUCUUGCCGUCUGAAAGUGAAAGCGAUUCUGAAUCAGAUGAUAUCGAAAGUGAAACAGAUCUUGCAGAGCAAGGUGAAGGUCAUUCUAGAGGAGAAAACAUGUCAAAUACUCGAGAUAAUAGGGAUGAUGAUGAUGUAGAAAAUAUAUUAGCCUCUACCAGUCUUUCAGCCCAGUGGAUGAGGACGGCAGAUAGUGAUGACUCAUCUGAUGAUGUAUGUAUCCUUGGAAACAAUUUACAAGAAAGUUCUUUGACCUCCAACACAAGGGGUCAAGGUCAUUGUGACGAUAUUAGCAUAGAUACAGAGGCCACAGCUUCUAUUGCUAGCAUUGAGCACCAAGAUAUACGUAAUAAUGAAACUCUGAUGAAAGAUAGUGAGUCUGAAAAUGAAUCUGAUUCUGAUAGAGAUGCUCUUGAAAAUUCCAGAAAUUCCACGCCAAAACCAGACAAUAACCAUGGCAACACUGUGAUAUCAGAGACUAAUAAUGGCUUUUUGAGAAGAGCCAACUCUCAUGGCUCUCUGAGUUCUGAAGGAUCUGAGACUUUUAGUGAGAAUGAUGUGCCUUUACUUUCAAUGAAUUCAGUGUCUCCUCAACACUUUUAACAUUCGCUAUGACAGAAAACUCUCCAGCUGAUGUAGGAACCACAUAGAUAAUAUCAUGUUGAAAUUUUAACGUAUUACAUUCGUAUAUGUAUUGUUAACUUUGAUAUAAUUCAAAGAUUUAUUUUAUGGCUGUUUCUGAUACAUUUUUACCAGAUUUAAUUAAUGAAAUAGGAUACUUCAGUUUAGUAAACAAAGUGGAUUGCUUAUUGCCGUUAUAAGGUGUUAAUGAUCAUGAUUUCACUAUUUAAGCUGUAAAUCUUUUGUUUUAAUUGACAUGCUCUGUAGAAAAUGUUACUGUAAAGCUGUUGACCAUCUGCUUAAUUGUAUUUGUCUUGAGUUUUGGUUUAGAUUUUACAAAUCUACUGUGAAGUGGGAAAAUUUUUCAUUUGUCAUUCUUAGUUAUUAAUUUUCCAGAAGUAUAUUAUAUAGGAUGAGCAGUCUGUAUGUUUGGAUGUGAACUGGUGUUAAUGAUCUUAGCUGAAACUUCUGGUCAAAGGUUAAAUAAUGAUAAAUCAUGGAAGCAUCUCUACUUGAUGGACCUGUCAUCUGUAUCUUGUUGAGUUGAGUUGAUAGCCUGUCAUGAUUUUAUAUUUGAAUUCAUACAUACUUUUUAAUGAUCUCUGAACAUGAAUAUAUGGCUGUAUGUACAAGAAACAUUGUUUAUUUAAUUUUUAAAGUAAUUGAAACCCCCAUUUUUAAAACAAAACGAUGUUUAACGUAACUUGAGACAACCUUUAUUGUAGGUAUUUUUCAUAUUUUCUGACUCAAAUGUGCUGAUUUUGAGCAAAUGAAUCAUUUAAAAUGUGUUCUCUUAUUUCUUGGUUAUAAUCAAACAUACUUUUGUCCCAAUAAAUAUCUCAGAAAGUUUAAAAGCAAUGUUACCAAGAAAAAAUAAUUCACAUCAUAUCUGCUGCCUUAGGUAAGAGAUGCAGGUGUAUUAGGGAGAUGCAAGAUAUAUAUCUGUAAUCAGCAUUUCUAUUCAUUGAAGAAAUGACUUGUAACAUAAUAUGACACUGUCAUGGGGGAAUUUACUGCGAGCUUGCUUUUAUAGAAACAGCUUUAGCUGUGAUAUAUAUUAAAUUAUCAGAAAUUUAACUUGCUCAUAUUUGCUUUAUGAUAACUGUCUACAAAUAUAUGCAGACUUUAUAUGGGUUUUAUAUGAAAGGAAUAUACAAUACUAUGAUUAUAUUUUAAAUGAAAUUAGAUCAUGACAUGAAUAUCUGAUUUUUAUAUUCCCAUUGGAAUAUUCCACACAUGGAACUAUCUUUUCAACACUGUUGAUAAUACUGUCUGAUUUGGCAGUUACAGGGUUACAUUGAUGGCGUGAUUAAUCUGUAGUUAGUUUGUUUUUAUACCAUUUUCCUUAUAGUUUGUUGGUACUGAAAAUGUUGACAUAAAAAUAAGGGAAGUACAGUGAAAGGUCAUAUUUAGUUGGACUGCUUAUGAUAAGGGAUGUUUACAAUCAGAAGAAAAUUAUAUAGUUCAUAAAAGAUAAAUGAAGUAUUGAUAAUGUUCGUUUAGAAUCUUGUAUAGCUAGAAUCAGAGGCUUUGAUAGCAGUUGGUUUCUACACUGUAUUGUAUAUCAGUGAAACAUAAUUCUGUAGAAGUUAACAAAACUUGCUUAUUUUGACAUGGUUAUGUAAGGGAUUUUUUGUUGAAUAAGGGAUAUAUUUUCUACUUAUGUUUCAUAUUAUAUUUAGAAUGUUUUUACAUACAUACUUAAUUGCCAUAUCACAUAUAUUAUUUUGCUUUGUAAACUGAUGUGUAAAAUUUAUGUUUUACUGUUUAUUGUAUAAGACAGGAGCUACUGACCCACUAGUUUUAUUUUGUGAUAUACAUAUAUAAUUAUUAUAUUAAAGUACAGUAUAACAAUGUAUGUAUCUGUGUACAAGCUGUGCUUUUUUAUUUUUAAACAGAUAUUUUUAUUUUAUCAUAUUUUACACUUGUAAAUAUUGUCUUUUAUUUUCAAAUUUGUAUGCCCCUACUUUUCAAUUGGGGAGCAUUUUGUGAAGGGAUGGUCAAAUACGUCUGCACAUAUAUCCUGUUAUCUUUGCCUAAUCAAUAACUUUUUGAGUAAUCUGUCAUUUUUGCACUUAGUAGAGACCUAGCCAAUGACUACUAGAUGUCCCCUAUUUAUAUUGAGGUCAUUAUGUCAAGUUCAUAAGGGACAAUACAAUCAAUAACUUGAGGAGCCUUACUUGGUAGAGACAUUGCCCACAACAGUAGAUGACCUUCAUUGAUUUUGAGGUCAAAGAUCAAGGUCACACUGACAUUUUGUGUAAAAUGCUUUUCUGAUCAAUAACUUGAGAAGGGAUAAGCCUAAGUUUGUCAAACUUUGUAAGGAAAUUUCUCAUGGCCAGUGUGUGACCCCUAUGAAUUUUAAAGUCAUAAUGUCAAGGUCAUAGUAACAUUUGAUGUGAUAAUCUUGAAAAACCAUAAGCUAGAGUUUCCUCAGUUACAGGGUUAUGAGACUUAUUAGUUAUAAUUAAUGCAAUAUUAAUAAGUAACUCUCGACUUGUAUCAAAAUUUUUUAAGUAUAGUAUGUAAAUAUGUCACAGACAGCCAACUGAAGUGGGGGCAUAUGUGCCUAUGAAUACAGUACUGCACAUAGUUUAGAAAUAAUUUGCCAAAAAUGAUGUCUGGACAUGGACCUUAAAAGGAAAUUUUUGCUCCAUUUUGUUUUGUUUUACAAUCAUAUACCAUUAACAGGGAUGAUAUUGAUAUAAGGUAAUAUCAAUUCAGUACCAGUCAUAGCUUCACCUAAAUUAAAUCAGGAUGAUAUAGAGUAAAUAGGACAUUGGCAUAAUGAGGUAAUAUUGACUGAAUUUAAUGUGUGGAAGAUUCCAGGGAACUGAACCUGCCCCUUAUUCCUAUAUUUACUGAACCAAUUAUGUGCUUGUGUGUCAGAAAAAGCAGAUGGAAGGUGUUUAGGAGACAUUGUUCCCUCAAUGCAGGGACAUUAUUAGGGAUAUGCUGGCCUCAAAGUCACAGUUACAUAUUACCCAAGGAGAGGGGACAGGGUUUCAAGGGGCAGUUUUUCAAAUUCAAGGGUAAUGUAUUAUGAUGUGACACUGACCCAUAAAAUAGAGAGAAACAGAAUCCCUAAGUAAGAAAAGUGCCACUGUUGAUUAGGUAAACUGAAAGAAACAUUCAUGUUGUGUGUCAUUGUUUUUGAAAAAUAUCAUAAAAAUUAAUGUAUCAAUAUUUGUUCAAUAUUUUAAUAAUUUCAUGUUAAGAAACACUUGCAGCCUAACUGCAAGUAUAUGUUUCAUCUUUUUUGUUAUUUUAUUCAAUCAAGAAAUUAAUUCUAUUGUUAACAUUAUGUAGAUGUGCUGCAUUAUUGUUUUUAUUUUAUACACCUGAAAUAAAAAAGAAGAAAUGUAA